GCAAACAUGUUAAUUUGUUUUCUUUCUUGCCUCGCCUUUCAGGGUAAUUGGUUGUAUUUGAAGCCUUUGUGAAAGCCUUUGAUUAUAGUAAUUUCAGCAGCGCGAUCUACCCUGGAUUCCUUCGUCAGAUUCUUUCACAGCUCCGGCACUUGGGGCUGUAAUUACGGAGAGGAGCGCGCCCGGCUGCCGAGUGUGGGGCAGCUGGAUGGGACACCAUGGCCAUGGGAGCACAGGGACUGUCACUGCAGGGGACAAUCAAACCCCUGGCAUGAGAGAGGAGCGAGGCAGGAUGGGAACAGGAGCUGUGAUGGGAAGCUUUGGUCUCUGCAGUGCUGAGUUUGUUGGGUCUCAGCUGGAGCUGUGGAUGCUGCCAUUGCCCAUGGCGUGGUUGCCUGUGCUGGAGUUGUCUCCUGGCUUGUUGGGGUCCAGAGUGCUUUUAGUUGCUGCUGCAUGGAGCCACUUGGCUUUUCUGCUGGUUGAUCCCAGGUCUGUGCUGGGGCUGGGACUAAAGCCCAUGAGCAUCCCAAGAUCCACGACGGACAGCUCCCCAAUCCGUGUGCAGGAGGAAGGCAUGGCAUGACUGUGUCAGAUCAGUGAGGUUUUGCUCUGAGGAGCUGGUGCCACAUCCAAGGGGCCGCGUCUGUACAUGUCUGGCAGGACCUGGCAGAUCCUGCCCGCCCGCUGUGCGCUGGCCCUGCCAGGACCUCGGUGCACACAGCCAGGGCUGAGCCCUGCCAAAAACACCAACGGCACCCGAGCGGGGCCCUGACCUUUGCUAACAGGGCUGCUCCCCCCUUGCUCCUGGCAUUUUGUUCCCAGUCCCACGUAAUGACCUUCUCGGCAGCGCCGUGCCAGCGUCUGCCACUUCCAAUUACCCACGGCUGCUCGGCGCCCGCCGCAGCACGCGGGGCUCCUUCCUCCCCAGCAGGAUGGCAGCAAGGGCGGGGGGAUGCUACACUCUGAUCCCCCACCCUCCUGGCUUGGGGAGCCUCAGGAGCCCCCCAAAAGCACUCAGAGCUUUGGGGUCCUGCCCCAGGGUGCUGGAGGCACUUGGCUUUCCAGAAUCAUUAUUAACCUGUUCGAGAGCUGUUCCCGCUCGCAGCGAAAAUAGAUCUUUAAUCUCUGCCCAAAAUAGCUCAUUUGAUGAGAGGCCUCCUUAAAGCUGACACAUAAAUUUAACCAGGCCGCCCGAGCCCUGCACAGGGACGUCUGCAAAUGCUCAGCAGCACUCGAAUUGUGGGGUUUUUUUAAAUUCCAUCGUUGCGGACACAUCUGAUACCCUGUUUCUUCCUUAGGGUCAUUGGAAGUGCUCAGGAGGUGAUUUGCCAUGCCCUGUCCCAGUUCCUUUCACCUUGCUUGUGAGCAAAAGGUUAUUUUGGGGUAUUUUUUCAUGUUGACUCUCUGGUGUAGUCCAAGGGGUUUCUCCUUGGAGCUGCCACAAGAGCAGAAACCUCAUCUCUGGGUGGGAUGGGAGAGACAUGAGAUGCUGCUGUGGGAUGCCUGUAGCAGUGAGGGUCCUGGUCCAGUGCCCCUCUGUCCCUGGCACUGUGCCAUGGCUGGUGGGCUCCAUGCCACCCUGGUGUCACAGCAGCCCAAAAAAAGUGAGAAAUGAGGAUGCUCAGGGUGUCACAGCUCUGCUCAGCACCAGGUCUGGGGCUUGCCCCAGCACCUUCCCAGCGUUUCCACAGAGCAUGGGCUGGGAGAAGCCACUUGGCUGCUCUGGGUCUCUCCCCCAGCCCCCCACAGUCCUCACAUCCCAGCGAGCCCCUGAGCAGCAAAAUAAUCACUUCUAGCAUCAUUAUCCAUCGCAAACCCCAGCUUCCAAUUUUAAUCAGAGGAGCUGGUGUUGCUUUAAGAUCUGCGGGUUUUAAAGAUCACAAGAGGGGUUAGAGAAAAUUACCCUUGACUCUUACAUGCUAAUGUAAUCUCUAACCAGAUCUGCAGCACUGCAGCUAAAAUUGCUUUUUAGAUUAACAUUUAAUUAUUAACAGGGCCCCCUGAAAGGCCUGGGGCUGGAGCACACGGAGGGGAGCGGAUUAUCCAGGCGGGAUGAGGGAAGGUUGGGCGAGGGAAGGUCGUGGGGUGACCUUUGGUGACAAACUUUGGGUUUUAUUUUACCUGAUGCUCCCCGUGGUUCACAGUGGGGUGACCUUUCUGUGCUCACCCCUUGUAGGGCUGAGCUGUGGCAUCACUGCAUCCCCUCCUCCCUAAAUCUGGAUGGGAGAUGUGUACAGCCGUGCCAGGCAGCAGCACCAGCCAAAAUCCUGCUCGCCCUGCAAUGGGGUGGGCAUCCACUGUGUGCAGAGGGGAAUCCUUCCUCCUCUGGCACCUCCGUGGGUCCAGUGGUGGUGGCAAUGGCGGGGGGUGGUGACAGGGAGCUCGGUGUCCCUGGGGCUAUGGUGAAGGAGAGCUCCCUGCUGGUGUGGUUGGAUUCUCCUCCCUCUGUGUAAGGACGAGGGACAGGGGUUGUUCCCAGUUGUACUCUGCACACCAGGGGCCAGUGAGGGCUUUUGCUUUGUUUCUCUGGCUGCUGCCAGCCUUGGCCUUGCCCUGUGCUGUCUGUGUGUCUGGAACUGUCAGGAGCCUCCUGUACCUCUCCCAGCCAGGGUCACCCCUCACCUCCUGUCCUUGUGCCAAACCCAGUGCUGGCUUUUGAUAGCCAGGGGAGACAUGGCCAUGGUGUGGCUCAAACAGCUUUGCAGCAUCCCUGGUCCUGCCCCCCUUUCCUAACCCCAAAAGCUCCCUUUGGAUAGGAUUGUACCCCGAUAACACCCGGGGAAGGAUUGGAUGUAUUCCACCACAGCCUGGAUGGUGACCAAGACCUUGUCCCUCACCAUCCCUUCCCCACCACAGCUCAACAGCCACACAGACCCACUUCGGGCUGAGACUUUAAAAGUUCCUUUUUUUCUUUUCUCCCCCCCUCCCGUCACAUUUUCUUUUAUCUAAAUCCUCGCCUGCAAAAGCCUCUAUCGACAGCUGCGCUGGCCUUAUCUCACGGGAGGGACCUUCGCAGGGCUCUCGGAGGAGAUAAGCCCGACUUAUCAGCUGCUGAUGUCAGAGGAGGUGCCAAACCCUCCCAUCACUGGGGCUUUAGACAUAGAGGGUGGUGGUUUUUAUUAAAGUCACAAAGACCUUGGGCUUAUAAAUAGUGUGAUGUUGAGAUGGAUUAGCUGGGUGUGGGGCAGGAUGGAGUGGUGGGAGAGGCGAAGGAUGGAGUUGUGGCUCCCCCAUCCCUGGAAGUGUUCAAGGCCAGGUUGGACAGGGCUUGGAGCAACCUGGGAUAGUGGAAGACACCCCUGUGCAUGGCAGGGAGUGGGACAGAAUGGGCUUUAAUGUCCUUUCCAACCCGAAACAUUUGGUGAUUCUAUGAUGCCAGAGUUGUGGGAUGUGGGGUUGGGGCUCCUGGGGGACCUUGCUCCAGAUGUCCCCAAGAUGUCCCCACUGUUGGUGGGACUCGCCCUGUUCCCCAGUGCUGGAUGAUGGUGGGUCCACGGGCGCAGCAUGGGCAGAGGCCGUGCGGACUCGGGGUGUUCCAGCAAAACUGCUGAGUGUUGCCUUCCCUGCCACGAAAGAGCCAGAGCAGCUUGAACUAAAUCGGAUCCUGCUGAUUGGAAUUAGUUCAAAUGCAGAUGGAGCUAACUAAGCCGGCGCUAAGCGUUGGACAGCCCAGCGCCCAAUUCCCAUCAGCUGAUUCAGGGGCUUUUCGGAGCGGCAUUAGCGAAAUGCCACCGUGGCACAGAUGCCCAUUGUGCCAGGCGCCCACCCGCUCGCCCACGGGCCUUCUGGGGCUUGGGGCUCCCUGCAGGGUGCCGGGGUGGACAGAUGGACGCUGUUCUGGGGUUGUGGCACCAGAGCCUUGGCAGUCCUGAGCGUGCCUGUGAAGGUGGGGUGAGGCGCAGCAUGGCUGUCGGAAAAAUCAUCUGGGCUGCGAGACGCCAGGAGAUGGGGGCAGCAGCAGGGUCUGAAUUAAUCGCUGGCUUUAUUCACUUUGGCGUGUGGCUCCCGCGCCUCUCCCACCUGCUGCCGGUGAUGAUCCGAGCCCAGGGUCGGGUUGGCUCCGGGAGGGAGCUGGGCUGUGCAUGGCAGGGUGGAGAAAGCAGUGGUGGGGACAACCUGUGCCAUCGUGGGGUGUACCCAGGGCUAUGCUGGAACCUCAUCUCCUGUGACAGGCUGCAUCCACACCCUCACUGUGCUAUCACAUGGGUUUGGUGACCCCCUGGGUGCCCCAGGGGACCAGCAGGGACCUGAUCUGCAUCCGGCAGUGGCACGAGCCGCCCACGCCACCCGUGUCUGCCAGGGACACGGGUCAUUGUCCCCGUGAGGAGCUGCCUGGGCGCGGGUGACGUCCGCCACUAAUCGGCCAGAUGGUGACACCCGGCGGGACGCCAGCCCUGAGGUCACCGUGGAGCUCAGGCUCAGGUAUGGCAGGAGCUGGUGCCAUCAUCCAUCUCCUGCACGGCCGUGGGUGCUUUGAUCCAGGGCCGCCCUUCGGGGACAGGGACAGGGAUGGGGAUGAGGUCAGGGUGGCAGCUCCCAUCAUGGAAAAUCCAGGCGCUAGGCACGCUCUGGGGGAGCCAAGGCGCCGGGAGCGGGGCUGCGUAAUGAACCCCGAGUCCCGGCGGGGAGAGGAGAACUCCUGGCAGUCAAGUGCGUUCAGGCUCUGAAUAAGAAGCACUUCAUUCUCUUUUCAAAUUGUAUAAUUUCUGCCUGAUUGUAAUGGCAUAUUUUAAAAUUACCAGAAAUCGAAGCCAGAAAAUGGAUACGGCUGCUUUUACUGCGAGCUGCGUUAACAAAGGAUAUGUAAUGCAUGAAAUAAAAACACCUCCCUGCCCCCCUCCUUUUUUUUUUUAAGACAGUAAUAGGAGAAAAUUGGUUUUGAAACUGAAUAAAAGUCCCUUUCAGAGGAAAUCAUUUCUUUCAGGGUACCUUUGCUGAAAGUAAAAUAGUGAAUAAUGAAAGGUGGUUACAUGAUUGUCUUUCAUUUAGAGAGCGCGAGGACAGAUGGAAUCUGGGAGAAAUGCACGAUUGGAAUAAUUGCAUGGUAACAAGGCGCUUGUUGUGAAAUUAGUAUCUUAAGAAAGUAGUGAAAAAGGCUUUUACUCAUGAAUACUUCAUUAUUAGGAGAAAACAGCACAAUUUGGGUUCUCCAGACACCUGCUCGGUAUUAGAUGACUUCCUCCCCUCCUCCUCCUCCUCCUCCUCUUCCUCACACCUUUUCCUGAUGAGUCUCUCCCUGUCCCUGGUUUGCUGGGGAAGUCAGGGUGAGACCCUGAGCCUGAUGAGCCCAGCUGAGGCAUGGACACCCUGCAUGGAUCCCAUCCUGGGGAUUAUCCCAGAGCCUGGCACCCCCUGCCUGGGGGAGGGCACAGAGCAGAAGCGAGCAGCACAGGUUCUGUUGUCUGCCCCCAUGGUGGCUGUGAAGGUGUUUUAAAAGAGUGACAUUUAAACGAGCAGAGCUUGGAGAGCCCUGGGCACAGCUCAGGGAGCAUCAAUCCAUGCUUUGUUUCCUGGUGCUGAUGGUCACGGGCUCUGCCUGAGGCCACCACGUGCCUGAGACCACUGCAUCACUCCCCUGCACUGGGACAUGUGGGAAACAUCCCGGAUGGCUGCAGGAGGGCACAAUUCCCCCACAAGGGAGAAGAUGGAGUGAUGUACCCAGCAGCGACACCAUCCAUGAUGUCCAGUUGUGACCCCCAGCCAUCUGUGAACGUUCAGCCAGAGAUCAACAGCACAGGAGCUGAAACGCUGGUGGAUGGGCACCACGCCUGCUUUUCUGCUGCUCCUGCCCACGUCUCCCUGCCCUCUCCGAGUGGGAAUAUCACUCCCUGUGCCAGCUGGAGCAGUGGGAGGGUGUCAGCAGCAACUGGUUGUACCUCAGGGCCCCGGCGGCGGCUGGGGACGGAUGUACAAUGAGCAGCACCGUGGUGACGACGACUUUGGCCUGACCCCUCCAGCUUUUGUCGAGCAGAUUUUGAUGCCAGCUGGGAGCUGGCAGGACCCUGAGUGGGAUGUUAACAGUGUCUUUCCCCAGCCUUGGCUGGGGUCACUCCGUGCCAGGAGGCACCGGCUGGCACGCCUGGCACCACGGCAACGCCCCGGCUCUGCCACAUUCCCGGUGGGAAGGGCGGAAAGCUCUGCAGGAAGCUCAGAUCACCCGCUGAGACCUUCAUAUUUAUUUUAUAUACAUCCCUAUUCUUUUCAGGCUUUCAGAGUUAGUUGUUUAUCUCCAGAGGAGCGAAGGCACUGAGUGCUGGGGAGCUCCUGCCGGGUGAGCAGGGGGUGGUGGCAGGGGUGGCAGGUCCCUGGCUCACUGUGUGUCUCCUCUCUUGCAGGGUGUGGGGCGGCAACGCCCGUAGGGAAGCCCAGACCAUGCUGGCCUGCCUGCAGAGGACCCAGAACCCCCCAGCCCAGCACCUCCCCUGUCCCAACAAGGCGCUGGAGCCACGCAAGUGCGAGACGGCCCCCAUGCAUUCCCCGCGCUACCCCAGCCCCGCCGAGCUGGACGCCUACGCACAGAAGGUGGCCAACAGCCCGCUGACCAUCAAGAUCUUCCCCACCAACAUCAGGGUCCCCCAGCACAAGCACCUUAACCGGACGGUGAACGGCUACGACACCACGGGGCAGAGGUACAGCCCCUACCCCCUGCACGCCGGCGGCUACCAGGGGCUGCUGGCCAUCGUCAAAGCCUCUGGCAAAAGCGUGGUGAAGAACUCGGAGGGGAAGCGGACUAAGCUCUCGCCCGCCCAGGUGGGCGUAGCUCCCUACCCCGCCUCAAGCACUUUAGCUCAAGGUCCCUCCUGCGCCGGGCAGCUGAGCUACCACGGCGGCCAGAAGCAGCUGGAGGGUCCCGUGCCCCCCAACGUGACGGUGGCGGCCUCGGUGCUGCCGCUGGCGGGCAGGAGCCUGGCCCUGCCACCCUCCAACCUGCCCUCCAUCCAGAGCAUCAUCUACCAGAUCAAUCAGCAGUGCCAGGCGCAGGGUGCCCAGCCCGGCUGCCCGGCCGUCGUGGCCGCCCACCCCAGCCCUGCCAAGCACGGCGCCUUCGGCCCCGGCUACGGCGGCACCGUCCUGCCCGAGUGCCGCAAGGGCGCCGAGCUGGCGCUGGGCUCCAACCCGGCCGCAGCCCUGGGACCCAAGGCGGGCGUUUACCCCGAGGGCAUGGACUACCUGGUGUGGCAGCAGAAGCAGCAGCAGCAGCACCUGCGAAUGUACAGCGGGGGCAGCGGCGGCGGCGGGGCCCUCAGCAAAUCCCCCGAGACGUGCGCAGGCGCCUCGCGGCCCUACGGCCUGGGCGGCGCCGCCGACAAGGUGAGCUCGUCCCCCUUGAACUGCAUGCACGGCAACUUCGCGGUGGGGCAGUACUUCGCUCCCCCCUGGAACAGCAUCCUGGUGACCCCCAACAGCGACUGUUACAACCCGCCGGAGCUGGGGGCCGGGCCCCGCGAGCUGGGGGUGCCCCCGGCCGAGGGGCUGCCCAGCAAGACCCUCUGCAAUACCUCCAUCCUCAGCAGCAGCCUCCAGUCCCUGGAGUAUCUCAUCAACGACAUCCACCCGCCCUGCAUCAAGGAGCAGAUGCUGGGCAAGGGCUACGAGACCGUGUCUGUGCCAAGGCUCUUGGACCACCAGCACGCCCACAUCCGCCUGCCCGUCUACAGAUAAGGGAUCGAUGCUGCUCUUCCCAAACCCAGGGCGAGGACUUUGGCGCGAGCUGCGGGUGCCAGACCGUGGCAGCGAGGGCGGGGGGACAGGGAGGGGGACGCGGGCUCGGCUGCCGAAAGGGCUCCCGGGACACUGGCAUUGCACCGGGGUCCCCAGACUGGACACGCCCGCGACCCGCUGGAAGCCGAGGCCGAAGGACCGCUUGUCUAUAUAGCUCAGAAAUCAUUUUAUCUCCACGAAUGUGAACAGGGAAUUGCUACGAGUUGCUGCUAUCCAGGGAGGGGAGGCUCUGCUGUGCUGGCGGUGCCCAGAGCGGGGCAGAGCCCGGUGUCGUGGCCGGCCGGGAGGCUCCAGGGUGGGUCCCAGCCCAGUGUGCAGCUGGGAGGCUCCGUGGUGGCCAGUGCUGACCUGGCAGCUGUCCAGGAGGCUCCACAGUGGCCAGUCCUGGCACGGCAGUGGCUGGGAGGCUCCGUGGUGGCCAGUGCCAGCCUAGUGGUGGCUGGUCCCAGCCCGGCGUGUGGCCGGUGCGUGGCCACAGGGAGCUGGCGCCUGACCUGUAGCUGAAGUCCGUAACUUGCACUGCUUUGAUUAAAGCUAAUAACUGGGGACAGUCUGGAGGCUAUUUAAGAAAAACACUUGAAAACUUGAACAGAUUUUUUUUUUUUUAAUUUUUUUUUUUUUUUUUUUUUUUUUUUUUAGUUGACUAGGCUGUACAUCUACGUGUUGGCUGCUACAGAGUCUCCUCCCACCCCUCUUCCUCCUCAUCCUCCUCCUCUCACCCGGCCCCACAGUGGCCACGGCUCCUAUUCCCACUCUACCAGGAGGUUUGGGACCCCCUCAGCCCCUCUCUCCUGGGAACCCCUGGCUCUCACACUUCCAGGCUGUUUUAUUUCCCCCCUUACUGUCAGUUCUACCUUGGUUCUGGGUCACGGUACUGGGGCGCUCACAUACCUCCUUUUUUUUCUCUUUUUUUUUUUUUUUUUUUAAAAAAAAAAAAACCCAAACAAUUCCAAAAUGAUUAUGGUCCUUUAUUCACUCUGUGUAAUUCUGUGUUUAAUAGAUUUGUUCAUUUACAAAAGGCUCCUCACCACGAAAUACAAAAUGUUUUGAUGUUUAAAGGUAAAAGAAGAAUAAUAUCCCGAUGAAACCCAAGGUGAUUGUGCUCGGAAAAGAGGUACUGUAUCCCUGAAAGCCUGUUCAAGCACUAAGUGCAUUUACAAAUCUCUGAGAAUGUUUUUUUUUUAUACUAAAAUUGACCAUUAUAUUCUACUGUGAGAAGUGCUGGCUGCACUAUAUUGUUUUAAAAAUGAGAAAACAAAAUGAAAAAAAAGAAAAGAAAAAAAAAGAAAAAAAAAAAACCAACACAAAACCCGCAAGCUGUGUGUCCGGAUGGUGUUUUUCCCCAAAGUAAAACCAGGAUCUCGCUGGA